GUCCUGACUUCACAUCAGUCGAGCAUCUCUUUUUAAAGUGGGUUAAUUUCUGUUUUCUUCAGUGGCUCCGCCCACCAGGAAAAACCUGUAAACACCUGGAGACACUCGUCUCAGCACACCUCAAGAUACCUGGAAAACAAAAGAGUAUGGUCUGGACCUGCUCUACAUAAAAAGUGUCCUGAGAUAACUCGUGUUGUGAUUUGGUGCUACAUAAAUAAAGACACUGACUUUUCUCACCUGGAGACACCUUGAAACACCUGGAGUCACCUGGACAAGAUGGUGCAGCCUGUGUUCCUGCUCAGCUGUUUGCUGUUCAGUUUCAUUUCUUCAGCUCCGCUGAGCUCAGGAAGUAAUUCUGAGUCGGUCUCUUCCUCUGAAGAAGAUCUGCAGCCGCCUCGUGUGUUUCAUGUGAAGGGAGGGGCCUCCCCUAAAAAAACUCCUAAUGGGCCUGAAGCUCCGUCCAGUGUGAUCGUGGAGGUUGAGGACACAAAAACAAACACCACAAUGAGCUUCGCCAUCUUCAUCAUUGCUGAGGAAGAAGGGAGCGGGACGGACAAAGGAGGAAGAUCAGACGACAAGAGCUCAAGCAGCGAGAGCAAUGACAUCAGCAGUGAGGAAACAAGAAAACAGGUUAUCCAGCCAGCUGCACUUCACUCCAGCAGCCAGCCAAUGAGGAAAGAGUACUCAGAGGAGAACCUGCCAUCAGAAGAAAUGAUGGGCGAUCAACCAAUGUUUACCUUCUCUGAUGAACAACUUGAUGGUUUUAACAACAUCAUCUCCUCGGAUGGGAACCAGAAACUGACUCUUCCUGAUCAUUAUUUUAUGAACACUGACACAGAGUCUGUUGUGAGUCAGAUGUUUAAUGAUUUUAACAACAGCACAGAAAGCAGUGAGGUUAACGGUCAGCCAGGUCUAUCUGCUCCUGAUUACUCUGACGACAAAAACAACACCAUGUCUGAUGACUUGACUAUUGAUUCAAACAGCAAGGAGACUGUUGAGACACUUUUUGGUGAUUUCAAUAACAGCACAGAGCUAAACGAUCAGCCAGAGAGAACCAUGUUUGAUCCAGAAUCUCAGGAGGCGACAAGCUCAAGCUCAGAGAAGGUCAACCAGGAUGGUUUAAGCAAAGGUAGCAUCAGCAAGGAUUUUGGAUUUGGUUCUAGACUUCAGAAGGUAUUUCACUCCAUCCAGGAGUUUGUAGAUCUGCUUUCGAAGGGUCGCCACCGUGAGGUUCUUGAUUCAACUCUCAAUUCCCUUACUGGCAGUCAGACAGGUUUUAGUUUGAGCUCUGAUGAGAGUGACGAGAGUUCAGAAUCUGUUGGCUCUAAUCCCAAAAACCAGACCAGUUCAGACCCAGACAGUGAUGAGAGCCUGGAGGACACCAGUCCCAGUUUCCAGCAAGGCACCGGUUCAAGAGAUUCCACAGAGCAGCUCACUGUUCCCACAACAAGCUCGAUCUCUGUCUUGAGUACACCUGAUCCAGACAGUGAAGAGAUUCAAGAGGUUUCUGGUAGGUCCACGCAGGUAGAUAAUGGUGCUAUCGCAGAUCCAGUCAGUCCAGAUCCAGAUGCAGCACCUUUGACCUCGAGCAAGGCAAGGGAUACUGUGUCCGAGGAGAGUGACAAGUCUGUCCCUCAGGUCAAUGUUAGUCUAAUCUCAGACAGCUCUGAGGAGAGUCAGGAAUCUGUUGUGGGUUCGACACCAUUCAGCCCAGGACUCUCCGGAGUCGAUAGUCCACAAGUCAGCUCCAGUAGUGAGGAGGUCCCGAUGGCCCUUUCCUCCUCGUCCUCGCCUCAUCUAGUUACCUCACCUGGCCCUUUAAGUUCAGAAGAGUCUGAUUUGUCAGUAUCUCCAGGACUUGAGUCAGGGAAAAACUCACUUCAUCCUCAUACCAUCCCGAUCUCCGGUUCUGAUCUCAGUCCAGACUCUGAUUACGAUCCCAGUUUCAGGAAAAACGUCAGCUCCGAGAUCAGUCAGGAGGAGUCUGAAGAAUCGCAGAACAACAAGCUCCCUACAGAUGCUAACUCUGAUGUUAGCAGAGAGGCUAACCCCACCAGAGAUCACAGAACUAACAGUGCUAGUAUAGCUGCCAGCUCUGAAGCUAGCAUGGAUGCUAAACCUAAUAGCGGUGUAAAGGAUGCUGGAGCAGGUUUAAGCUUAGAUGCUACAACUGAAUCUAAUGAUGAUGGUAGCAUUGAAGCAGACCCCACCGCUGCUACUAGCCUUCCUAGCAUGCAUGUUAGCUCUGGAGCUAGCACUGAUGCUAACACAGCCACCAGCAGUGAGUUAAGUGUUGAAGAAAAUGGUGAUGCUAGCAUAGAAGCUACUGUGGUUAGCAUGAAACCCACCACUGCCACUGAGUACAGAACAAAUCUUCCUGAGUCUGGAGCUAGCACUGAUACACUCACUAAUAUAGAAAAGCAGCAAAUAGGUUCAGAUGUUAGCACUGAGGCUAACCCAGAUGCUAACAGCCCAGGUUCAACACAGCAUGCUAGCAGUGAGGAAAACAUGGCCCCUCCUCUUCCUCCUCCUCCUCCUCCUCGCAGGAAGAGACCUUUUCGCUUCGGCUUUCUCAGCCCCAUUAGUCAUUCACAUGGCAACAAACCCGUUGCUAGGGAAACAGUGUCCAAGGAAAGGGCCACAUUAUCAUUACAACAUCAUCAACAUCAGACAGCACAACAAACACAAACACCAAGUGUUUACAUGAAUCCACUUCGCGACUUCUUCAGCAGUGGGUACGAUGUGGACAAACAGAGCCGCCAACAAACAGUCAGUCGUCAGUCUAGCAGGAAGCAUGCGAGUGUUAGCAUAGCAGUGGCGGCUAAUCUGGCUAAGAGCAGCAGUGAGGAAACAAACUAACGUGUACCAGGGUUGUUAUCGUAAACUAAAAUAAACAGUGAAUUCUGUUGUAAACUGAAACUAAACUAAUAUUGUCUGGUAAAAAAAUUAAGAUAAAAGAAGUAUGAAUUAAUAUCAGCAGAGGAAAAAAUGGAGAUGUCAUCAAUAUCCAUCAACUCUCAGGAUAUUAAACUACAGAAAGUAAAUGAACUUGACGACAAGGAGGAGGAACCAUGCCGCUGUUGCUGCACAAUAAAUCCCUAUUGUCUUUCACAUGCAGUCUAGUUGUGUAGAAUUAGAUAAA